AUGGUGUACCGUGUACCUCGAAUUCUGCCUGCUGUUCAAAGAAGGCCACCUCGUUUUGCAAAGGUUUCCAUAGGCGAGGGAUUCACAUAUAUGAAAUAUGUCAGUCUGGCUGUACUGGUUAUACAAAAUGCUUCUCUCAUCUUGGUUAUGCGAUAUACAAGGACAACUAAAGGCGAUAUGUACCUGGCCACCACUGCUGUUGUUGCGACCGAAGUGAUAAAACUCUUGACGUGCCUCACUGUUAUACUUGUGCAGUCAAGAUUUCAUUUAGGAACAUUCUUUUUGUUUCUGUACAACAGUAUCAUAGCGGAGCCAAUAGAUACGUUAAAAUUGUCCAUACCAUCCCUUGCUUAUACAAUACAGAACAAUCUUCUAUACACUGCCGUGUCCAACUUAAGUGCUGCUACAUUUCAGGUCACAUAUCAAUUGAAGAUUUUAACAACAGCUUUAUUUUCCGUGAUGAUGUUGAGAAAGACUUUAUCUGGUGUGCAAUGGUUAUCACUGGUUAUUUUGUUCGUUGGUGUUGCUAUUGUGCAGAUACAGCCCACAGAUCCCGAUAAACAACAUACAGAGAUUCACACAAAAGACAUAGAACAAAAUCCAUAUCUUGGACUAAUAGCUGUCAUUCUAUCCUGCUUGUCAUCUGGAUUUGCUGGUGUCUACUUUGAAAAAAUCCUCAAAGGAACUUCGGGAUCUAUAUGGUUGAGGAACAUACAACUUGGACUUUAUGGUACAUUGAUCGGUACCAUUGGUAUGUGUUUGAAAGAUGGAGAAGCCGUGCAGAAGAAUGGGUUUUUUUAUGGCUAUACUCCCCUUGUAUGGUUUGUUGUAUGCUGGCAGGCAUUUGGUGGGCUUUUAGUUGCGGUUGUAGUCAAAUAUGCAGAUAAUAUUCUUAAAGGAUUUGCCACUUCUGCAGCUAUUAUUAUAUCCACCAUAUGUGCAGUAUAUUUGUUUGGUUUCCAGAUCAAUUUGCAAUUCAGUUGUGGUGCUGGUUUGGUUAUAUUUGCUGUCUAUUUGUACAGUCGACCUAAGAGCCAGAAUUCAGUCAUUCAGCCAGGAGCGAAUGGUACCGGGUAA